AAGAACGCUCCAGACGACCUAUUGGCCCUGCCUCGCGACCACGGCCUGCGCUUCAAUAUUGCAGUUAUGUCGAAAGGGCCAGCUGUUGGUAUUGAUUUAGGGACGACGUUUUCCUGCGUUGGCGUGUUUCAGCACGGCAAGGUGGAAAUUAUCGCUAACGACCAGGGCAAUCGUACUACACCGAGUUAUGUUGCUUUUACGGAUACGGAGCGUCUCAUUGGCGAUGCUGCCAAGAACCAGGUUGCCAUGAAUCCCAGCAACACUGUAUUUGAUGCAAAGCGCUUGAUUGGACGUCGCUUCGAUGACAAGGCUGUGCAAGGCGAUAUGAAACAUUGGCCUUUCAAAGUGAUCAAUUCGGGCGGCAAGCCGAAGAUUGAAGUGGAGUACCGUGGUGAGACGAAGCAGUUCAGUGCGGAAGAAAUAUCAUCUAUGGUGCUGAUGAAGAUGAAGGAGACCGCAGAGGCGUAUCUGGGUAAGCAGGUGACUGAUGCGGUAAUUACGGUACCGGCUUACUUCAACGACAGUCAGCGUCAGGCAACGAAGGAUGCUGGAACGAUAUCAGGAAUGAACGUGCUGCGUAUUAUCAAUGAACCGACAGCAGCUGCCAUCGCCUACGGUUUAGACAAGAAGGUAGGCAAGGAGCGCAACGUGCUCAUUUUUGAUUUGGGCGGCGGAACCUUCGAUGUGUCUAUCCUGUCAAUUGAGGAUGGCAUAUUUGAGGUGAAGUCAACUGCCGGUGACACGCAUCUUGGCGGUGAGGACUUCGACUCUCGUCUGGUCAGUCACUUUGUGGAGGAGUUUAAGCGGAAGCACAAAGGGAAGGAUUUGACUUCGAACAAGAGGGCCAUUCGUCGUCUGCGUACAGCCUGUGAGAGAGCAAAGAGAACAUUGAGCUCGAGUGCUCAGGCGAAUAUUGAGAUCGACUCGUUGAUGGAAGGAAUUGACUUCUACACGUCGAUCACGCGGGCGCGUUUUGAGGAGCUGUGCGCAGACCUCUUCCGCAGCACGCUGGAUCCAGUGGAGAAGGCGUUACGUGAUGCAAAGUUGGAUAAGGCUGCCGUUCAUGAUAUAGUGUUAGUGGGAGGUUCAACACGUAUUCCAAAGGUACAGAAGUUGCUACAAGACUUUUUCAAUGGUCGCGAGUUGAACAAGUCUAUAAACCCAGACGAGGCUGUUGCCUAUGGUGCGGCUGUGCAGGCAGCCAUUUUGAGUGGCGACAAAUCAGAGGCGGUGCAGGAUCUGUUGCUGCUGGAUGUGGCGCCUCUGUCACUGGGUCUGGAGACGGCAGGUGGUGUAAUGACUGCACUGAUUAAACGUAAUACGACGAUUCCAACGAAACAGACGCAGACCUUCACCACCUACUCGGAUAAUCAGCCGGGUGUAUUGAUCCAGGUGUACGAGGGUGAGCGUGCGAUGACACGAGACAACAACUUGCUGGGCAAGUUCGAGUUGUCUGGUAUUCCUCCAGCUCCUCGCGGUGUUCCUCAGAUUGAAGUGACCUUCGAUAUUGACGCUAAUGGCAUUCUUAACGUAUCGGCUGUAGACAAGUCGACUGGAAAGCAAAACAAGAUCACCAUCACCAAUGACAAGGGUCGCCUUUCAAAGGAGGAGAUUGAGCGGAUGGUAAAUGACGCAGAGAAAUUCAAGCAGGAAGAUGAGAAGCAAAGAGAUCGGGUAGCAGCGAAGAAUAAUUUGGAAAGCUAUGCAUUUGCCAUGAAGUCAACGGUGGAGGAUGAGAAGGUGAAAGAUAAAAUAAGUGAGUCGGAUAGGAAGAAGAUAACGGAGAAGUGUGAAGAGACGAUCAAGUGGUUGGAUGGGAACCAACAGGCGGACAAGGAAGAAUACGAGCACAAACAGAAGGAAUUGGAGAGUGUGUGUAAUCCCAUCAUCACCAAGAUGUACCAAGAGGCAGGCGGUGCUGGUGGUAUGCCUGGAGGUAUGCCAGGUGGCAUGCCUGGCGGUGGCAUGGGUGGUGCCGGGUCCGGUCAGCGAGGUCCAACCAUUGAAGAGGUGGAUUAA